AUGGCAGCCGCUGUCGAUCAGAAGAUUCCCGCUUUCGAGAACACCUCGUUGGACGACAUCACGCGCGUGACGGACACCCUUCGUGCUACCUUCCGCUCCUACAAGACCAAGGACGUGCAAUGGCGGCUCGUCCAGCUGCGCAAGUUCUACUGGGCCUUUGAGGACCACAUCCCGGCCCUCAUCAAUGCUCUGAGGCAGGACCUGCGCAAGUCCAAGCACGAAGCCCUCCUGUCCGAGAUCAACUGGAUCAAGGACGACUGCCUCUAUCUCAUCAAGAACCUGGAGCGCUUCACCAAGGAUGAGCCCGUCGGCGACGUGCCCAUGACGUUCAUCAUGAUGAAGCCUCGCGUCCGCAAGGAGCCUCUCGGCAUGGUCCUCGUCAUUGGUGCCUACAACUUCCCGGCCCAGCUGUCCCUCGUUCCCCUGCUGGGCGCCGUCGCUGCUGGCUGCACCGCCGUCCUCAAGCCCUCCGAGGGAGCCCCCGCCACUGCCAUGGUCCUCAAGAAGAUUGUCGAGGCCUCCCUCGACCCUUCCGCCUACGCCGUCGUCAACGGCGCCGUGGACGAGACCACGGCUCUGCUCGAGGUCAAGUGGGACAAGAUCAUGUAUACCGGUGGCGCCGCCGUCGGCAAGAUCAUUUCCAAGAAGGCCGCCGAGACCCUGACCCCCGUGUGUCUCGAGCUCGGAGGUCUCAACCCCGCCUUUGUCACCCGCAACGCCGACAUCAAGCUCGCCGCCCGUCGCCUCGGCUGGGGCAAGACGCUCAACGCCGGCCAGGUCUGCCUCUCCCAGAACUACAUCCUCGCCGACCGUGCCGCGGUGCCAAGAACAGCCCUGACCCUGUCCCGCAUCGUCAACGCCCGUCACUUUGCCCGCAUGAAGAAGAUGCUCGACAGCACCGAGGGCGAGAUUGUCGUUGGUGGCGGCAUGGACGAGGCGCAGCUGUUCAUUGAGCCCACCAUCGUGCUCGCCAACUCGCCUCACGAUUCGGUCGUCCGCGAGGAGUCGUUCGGCCCCAUCUUCGCCAUCCUGCCCUACGACAGCCUCGACGCCGCGAUUGAGUUGGUCAACGACCUGUGCCACACCCCGCUCGCCCUCUUUGCCUUCGGCAACGAGGCGGAGACCAAGAAGAGUACGUCGUCCUCGCGCGGUGCCCCUUGCAGCCAGACGACGUCCGGCGGCGCCACCAUCAACGACGUCUUCUCCCAUGCCUCCAUUCUGACGGUCCCCUUUGGAGGCGUCGGCCAGUCGGGACACGGCAGCUACCGCGGCCGCGCGUCCUUUGAUCUCUUCACGCACCGUCGCAGCGUCGCCCAGGUGCCCUCGUGGCUCGACAAGUUCCUCCGCGUCCGCUACAUGCCCUACUCGCCCAAGGAACUCGCGCGGCUGCAGUCGAUGAGCGCCGGCAAGCCCGACUUUGACCGCAGCGGCAACCAGAUCCGCGGACUCGGCUACUGGUUCAGUUUCCUCACAGGGUUCGGCGCCAAGACGGUGAAAGGUGCGUUGCUACGGUGGAUCGUGGCGCUGGUGGCGGCCGUGUUGGCUAAGAAGCGGGGGUUGAUCUAG